AUGGUGGCCUUCAGGGUCAAGGAAAGGGAAUUCCUUGACAAAGUUGAAGCGAUUGAGGCCGCUCAAGCAAAGGCCAAAGCUAAGGCGGUCGAGGCUAAGAAGCGUUUGGCACAGCAGCGAGGUGCUAAGAAUAAGGUUACUAGAGGUGGUGGUAUUUUCAUAAUGAAGCAACACCUAGCAGGAGUAAAAAGGGAUAUUGGAAAGUGCCCGAAGGUUCCAUUUGAUGUUAAAUUCAAUAUGAAUGAAUCACUAAAAGAAAUAGGAGUAAAGAAUAAGGAAAAAGAAGAUUUUCGGAAGCAUGCAACUCCUUUUGGUGCUACAGUACAUGAAUUUGAGGGUGAUAAGUUAGAUGAAGAAAAUGAAGAGGUUUUCCCAUCACAAAUGACCAUGAAUGAAGGUGGUAGUAGUGGCGGUAAAAAACAAUUUACGAGCAGUAAGAGAAAGAAAACUACGGGGGUUAGUAAUUAUUUUGCUCCACGAACUACUUAUGGGUCUCAGCCUUCAAUUAAGAGUGUUUUGGCUAGAAAAGAUGCAAAGUGGAGAGCAGACAUGUGUGUUGCACGAUUCUUUUAUAAUGCUUGCAUCCCGAUGAAUGCUUUAAAUUCAAUUUAUUUUCAGCCUAUGUUGGAUGCUGUAGCUGCAAUUGGCCCUGGGUAUAAACAACCUACUUACGAUGCUAUGCGUGUGAAUUUAUUGAGAGAUGCUAAGAAGGAAGUCCAAUUAAUUGUUGACAAUUAUAAGAGUAUUUGGCAAGAGGUUGGAUGUACAUUAAUGGUUUAUGGUUGGACUAAUACUUGCCAUAGAUCAUUGAUUAAUUUUCUCAUAUACUCUCCUAAAGGUGUUUACUUUAUAAAAUCAGUGGAGGCUUCAGAUGUUGUAAAGGAUGCCUUUACAUUGUUCAAGUUGUUUAAGGAAAUGGCUUUAUGGGUUGGACCAAACAAUAUUGUCCAUGUUGUCACAGAUAAUGGAGCAAAUUUUAAAGCUGCUAGAAGAAUGUUGUCAGAGAAGUAUGAGAAUAUUACUUCGUCGCCCUAUGCAGCACAUUGCUUAAAUUUAAUUUUGAAAGAUAUAUCUGAGUUGGACCACAUAGUGCAUCUUGCAAAACGUGCUUCUAAAGGUUGGAAAGAAAUCAUACGACCGGGUGCAACUCGGUUUGCUACUACUUUCAUUACAUUAAGAAGUCUACAUGAGCACAAACAUGACUUGCAAGCUAUGGUGACUGAUAGGUUUUUUGUGGACUCUCGAUAUGCCAGAAGUAGUAAAGCCAAGAAUGUUAUUCCCAUAAUUCUAGAUAAUGAAUUUUGGGAUGACAUGGGUUACGUUUCCAAAAUUGUGGCUCCUUUGAUGCGUUUGUUGCGGAUUAUAGACUCAAAUGAGAGACCUACAAUAUGA